AUGGCCGCGACUACGGUGGUGCUGUUGCUGGCAGCAAGCUCGCAGGCUGCGAUGCUCAGGCUGGCGGCUCCGACGCGACCCAAAGAUGAAGCGUCCAAAACUCCUGCAGAAACUGCUGUGGUGGCUCGCCAGGAGGCGGACUACGUCAUCGGCGAUGUAUGGCGAAAUGGGACCUGGACGGGAAGCCUUUGCGACACUGGCAGUCACUGA